AUGGCGUGGUUUCCUUUAGGCUAUCGGGAGGGAUUCAGCCAGUGGUGGUCUUCUAUGCCAGCUGCCACAGCUGAACACAAGGUCCUCACCUAUCUCCCUUACCUUCAGCACCAGCCGCCCACCCAUUUACAGACCGGAAAGACGUCGAAUGGCGCAAGCGGCGAAACUGCUAGUCUACAAUCUGCGGAUCAGAGCCAACAAGGCGAGGUAGCGGCCAAUUCUUUUAAUGACCCGUACGGACCGCGACGAUGGCUCUCCAGUAUGGUGCAGUUAAGUGGCAAAGACCGCGCUCUCAACGAAUUUUCUGUGGAGCGAGUGGGAGAGGACGCAGACCAACACUUGGUUAUGCUUCACGGAUAUGGAGCGGGGCUAGGGUUCUUUUAUAAGAAUUUUGAACCUUUGAGCCGACUGGGAGGAUGGCAACUUCACGCGUUAGAUCUACUCGGCAUGGGUCGCAGCACCCGCCCAUCCUUUCGCAUUAAAGCCAAGGAACGUGAAGAUGCUAUCAGAGAAGCCGAAGACUGGUUUGUGGAUGCGUUGGAAGAAUGGCGCGUCAAGCGCAACAUUGAGCGCUUCACGCUCCUGGGACAUAGUCUGGGCGGAUACAUAGCCGUGAACUAUGCGCUCAAAUACCCAGGACGCAUCAACAAGCUGAUCUUGGCUUCUCCAGUAGGAAUCCCAGAGGACCCCUAUGCGGUGACUUCUGAAUUGCCCCAGAAACAGGAUCAAGCUACCAUCGCGGCUUCCUCUGCGGCAGUGCCACCUAGCGAUGCUCCUAAGGGUGACAACAACAUUCUUCUCAAGGGUCCUCCGGCAGAUGCAUCAUCAGACCGACCUCCUCGUCGCACGAUCCCCAAAUGGUUUGCCUACCUAUGGGAGGCGAACAUUUCACCGUUUAGUCUUAUCCGAUGGACCGGGCCUCUAGGGCCGCGACUCGUCUCGGGCUGGACAUCCCGCCGCUUUUCUCAUCUCCCGGCCGACGAAGCUAAGGCUCUGCACGACUACUCGUAUUCGAUCUUCAGUAUGCGCGGUAGCGGCGAGUACGCUCUCGCCUAUAUUCUCGCACCAGGAGCAUUCGCACGAAGCCCACUCAUCCGACGAAUUGAAGGCGUUGGCCGGCAGAUGAUUCCCGCUUCCGUCCCUCCUUCGCCCUCUUCUGCGACUAGCAUUACAGAAAUAAACAAAGCCAGGCGCGAAAAUGGUCUCCCAGUCGUCUUUAUGUACGGUGACCAUGACUGGAUGGACUACAAGGGUGGUAUGGCAGCAGCGGCCAAAAUCAGAGACGAGAAGCAGCGUGCCCUUGAAAGUGCGACGCCGGAAGAGCGUAAAGCAGACAAUGGCUCUGCUAAGGUUGUCAUGAUCAAGAACUCCGGACACCACGUUUACCUAGACGGCUGGGAGCAGUUCAACGAUACUGUUCUUUCGGAAAUGGACGAUGUGGCCCGGAAGGAACGGUCUAGGCCGUAA